CUUUCCGAAAGAUAUUGAGUGAUUAAACACAUACGAGAUAUACUUGCAAUGAAUGAACUGUAUUGGAGCAGCCUCCCGGGACUGCCCAAAAAACUAAAAUGGCCUGUGAAGGUUACAGACUGGGGUGGGGGUGGGGACAUUAUAACGGUCUACUGCCGAAGUGAUGAUGCAGUUUGCUCUUAAAAAUAGAAAGGGAACGCUACAGGCAUUUAAAGAUGACAUCAAAUGGGCACAAGAUGACAUCAAAUGGGCACAAGGUUCAGGAAAUGAGGAACGUCCCUGUAAGAGUAUCCCUGAACGUGAACUCCACUCUGAAUCAGAGUUUGAGCCUGAGCCGGAACAAGAGCAAGACCCUGCAUCAGACCAUGUAUCCAACUCUGGCAGUUCAGGGAAUGAGGAACCUCCCUGUAAGAGUAUACCUGAACGUGAACUCCACUCUGAAUCAGAGUUUGAGUCUGAGCCGGAACAAAAGCAAGACCCUGCAUCAGACCAUGUAUCCAACUCUGGCACAGUACCUCAUUUAGACGUCUAUGAACGGUUUGCUGAGAAUUUACUAGGAUCCAUCUUAGCACAAGGCCUGGCUGGGGCCUCCAGGCACGUUCACGACAAAGAAUCCAGCACAGCUACAGGUUCAGGGAAUGAGGAACCUCCCUGUAAGGGUAUCCCUGAACGUGAACUCCACUCUGAAUCAGAGUUUGAGCCUGAGCCGGAACAAGAGCAAGACCCUGCAUCAGACCAUGUAUCCAACUCUGGCAGUUCGGAAAAUGAGGGACCUCCUUGUAAGAGUAUACCUGAACGUGAACUCCACUCUGAAUCAGAGUUUGAGCCUGAGCCGGAACAAGAGCAAGACCCUGCAUCAGACCAUGUAUCAAACUGUGGCAGUUCAGGGAAUGAGGAACCUCCCUGUAAGGGUAUCCCUGAACGUGAACUCCACUCUGAAUCAGAGUUUGAGCCUGAGCGGGAACAAGAGCAAGACCCUGCAUCAGACCAUGUAUCCAACUCUGGCAGUUCGGAAAAUGAGGGACCUCCUUGUAAGAGUAUCCCUGAACGUGAACUCCACUCUGAAUCAGAGUUUGAGCCUGAGCCGGAACAAGAGCAAGACCCUGCAUCAGACCAUGUAUCCAACUCUGGCAGUUCAGCAGGCGAGGAACAUAGUGACAUGGAGCAGGGCAGCGAUAAUAGUGAUGAUGAUGCAGGAUACUCUAAAGCUAAGAAAAGGGGGGAGGUAACAGAUAAUGACAUUUUGAGGGACUCUGAAUACCCAGAAAUAUAUAUCAGAAAGCAAUUAAAGAAAGCAAACUCAGUAAGUGGACAAGCAUAUAAGAAGAAACAUUCCAGAGUUUACAACAACUACCAUGCAUGUUACUAUUGUAAAGAGUUGUUCUUGCACAUUCCUGUUCACAUGAAAACACACAGGAAUAUAUCGGAAGUCAGACAUGAACUAAAGAAAACCCAGCCAGACUUUUCAUCCCUCAGAAAGUUGGGUGAUGACCAACACAACAGGGAUGUUGUUAAUCAGAAAAAGGGAGAGCUGAUUAUUGCACGAAAAUCUAAUGAGAAAACAUUGGACAUCACCAAGUAUGGGCCAUGUGUGAAUUGUAGAGAAUGGAUGCUUUUAUCGGGAUUGAAGAAGCAUUUCAGAACAUGUGCAAAGGGAGAGAAAAGAGGGAUGGGAAAGAAAGAUCUUGUGAUCACCGCUCAAAUAUUAGCUGGUCAUGUUGUAGGAAAACCGUCCAAAAUGAUGUUGGAGGAAGUUUAUAGAAUCAUGAAGGACGAUGAAUGCUCUAGGACUGCCAAAAAUGACGUUCUCAUUCUAAGUCUUGGGGAAAGUUGGCUGCGUCGAAACAUAGACAACAAUGACAAGAGAAAGUACUACGCCAGCGGACGUAUGAGGCUUUGUGCCAGAUUGCUGAUUGCCCUUAAAGCUCAACAACUGCAAACUAAAUCAGAGGAGAAUGAAGUCACUUGUGAGACUAUGUGGGACUUCCUAAUGCCUUCAAAGUUUGAUGACUUUGUAACUGCUUCUCUAGCUGUUAGUAUGCCGCAUAUGGAUGAUAUGGAGGAUUUGAGAGCGCCUUCAAAUGCAAUCAAGCUCAAAUAUGACAUUAGAAGACUUCUAAAUGCAAAGUAUGCAUAUCUGCUGAGGGCAAGUGAUGUGGUUUCCAAUGAAAUAAAACAAUGUAAACGCUUCCUGAAAUUAAUGGAAAUUGAAUGGGGUGAAAGGGUUACAAAAGUAGCAAGAACAGUUCUCCAGACAAGAAGACUGACAGAAACAAAGGAGGUACCAGCCCCUGAUGAUGUGGAGAAAUUAACAAGACAUCUUGUAAAUGAACUUGAGAACACGAAAAUGACCCCAGAGAAUUAUGCGAGAAUAGUCCAACUCUGCCAGACCAGACUUCUGUUGUUUAACAAGCGGCGCUCUGGAGAACUAGAGGUCUUGAACCUCCAAAGCUACCUACAGAGAAGCAGCAGUCUAAGCGACUUGGACGAGUCCAUCUCAAAAGACCUUACGGAAGUUGAGAAACACCUUCUCAAAACCCAAGAUCUUGUGAUGAUUAGAGGAAAGCGGGGGGCAGCCGUGCCAGUCAUAGUACCACAGGAUGCCAAUAAACCACUGGAAUUUAUCACAAAUGCGGAAGUUAGAGAGGCUGCAGGGGUGCAGAGAUGCAACAAAUACCUGUUUGCAAACAGAGGUACCCAGUAUGUGCGUGCAUACGACAGCCUUAAAAGUGUAUGUGAUGAAGUAACAUUGAAGGCACCUGCCAGAAUAACUAGUGUUUCGAUGAGGAAAUACAUGGCAACACUAACACAACUCAUGGGUCUAGAUAAGUACCAGUUGGAUUGGGUAUGCAAGCACCUAGGCCAUACAAAGUCAGUCCACAACACAGCAUACAGACAGAUGUCUGGCAUGGUAGAAAGGGUCUACAUCUCAAAGCUUCUGAUGAUACAGGAUCUGAAUUUAACAGGAAAGUUUAAAGGAAAAAACUUGGAGGACAUUGAUGUAUCCGAACUGCUAGCUGAGCAUCAAAGUAUGAACCAAGAGCCUGAUGCAGUCGCAGAGUCAGAUGCAGUGAACUGUAAUGACAUCGCAACACCUAUAGAAUACAACAGUGGAAGUGAUGUUGAAACAGGGGAAAACGAAUUGUCUUCAGAUGACAGUGAAGAUGACACCCCGCCUAAGAAGAGAAGGCGUGUGGUCAAAACCAACACAAGACAAAAAUGGAGUGUAGACGAAGUUGCUGAAAUAAAGGAGUAUUUUAAGACUUAUUUGGAUUCUGGCAUAACACCUAGAAACAAAGAAGUACAGUUGGCCAUGGCAAAAAGCAGGAAGAACAACGGCAUUCUUUGGAUGAGAAAAACACAUCUCAUUAUUAAGAAGAUCAGCAACUUGAACAAAGACAAACGAUAAAUGUCUGUUAUCCAUUGUUUCCAUUCAUAGGGUAUCAACAUUUACUGUGAUUUUAUGCCCAUCUGUGUCUGUGAAACAUUUCUAGUUUCAAAUUUGAAAUACAAGCCACUUGAAGCAUAGAAGGCUUAAGAAAAACAGCCAUAUGGACUAGCUUAUAUCCAGAUUUGUUACACAUUUUUUUUUAUGCUUUUAAUUUCUAUAACAUUUAAGUGUGCACUUAAUUUUACUGUUGUCUAUGUAUUGUCAUUUGAUAUUGAGACAUAUUGGAAAUUAUAAACUUAUUGUGAAAGGUAGACCUAUCAGAAAUUACACUAUUUAUGAUAACAUACAAAACACGCAAUAAUGCUUAAAAACAAUAAUCCUUUAACGCAUUUUUUCAUAUCAAAACUAUCGAGAUAAUUUAAACUUUAUAUAGAGAAAAUGGGUUAGUGUUGUUGUUGACAACAACCGAAUAAGUUAAGUUUUUGAUGUUAUUUACUAAAUUUUUCAAUUGCUUAAAUAUAAUUUUUGUAUAAUAUUCAUUUAAAGUGAUAAAUCGUUUGAUUCUUUCUUAUAGCUGAACCUAUGGUUCUGCAGUCAAGCACUGUGUCACUUAACCAGGGAGGAUUGAUUGAAAUAGAUUAAGAGUUAACACAUUUAUAUUACUGAUAAAAAAAUGCUCACAAUUUAAACAAACAUGAUAUAAAAGCAGGAAGCUUUUUUUCUUUAAAAAAUAUAAUUUAUUGUAUAAUAUUCAUUUAAAGUGACAAAUCGUUUGAUUCUUUCUUAAAGCUGAACCUAUGGUUCUGCAGUCAAGCACUUUUUCACUUAACCAGGGAGGAUUGAUUGAAAUAGAUUAAGAGUUAACACAUUUAUAUUACUGAUAAAAAAAAUGCUCAAAAUGUAAACAAACAUGAUAUAAAAGCAGGCAGCUUUUUUUUCUUCAAUUUUUUUUUUCAAAUUAUUUGAAUUUAUACUGGGGGACAUGUUUUGCCCUGACUGUUGGUUUGUUUGUUUGUUG